GGCCAUUGCAUCACCCAAAGUCCUAUAUUAGGACACCCCCACUCCCUCUUGCUUCCCCGCCCGGAGUCCCAAAGGAAUCCUACCUGAGAUUAAAAAGAAAAGCCCAAAAAAUGACUCUAGUCACAGAGGAGCUCAAGGCCAAGUCUGAGGUCUACUACGGUGAUGAGAUGUGCCAAGAGAAGUCCAAGUUCCUCCUCCAAGAGCUAGGCCUUCCCAGGGGCCUCCUCCCCUUGAAGGACAUCAUAGAGUGUGGCCAUGUGGAGGAGACCGGCUUUGUUUGGCUCAAACAAAAGAAGAAGAUUGAGCAUUGCUUUGAGAAGAUUGGGAGGGUGGUCUCCUAUGCCCCUGAGAUCACUGGCUAUGCGGACAAGUUCAAGAUCAAGAAGCUGACUGGGGUGAAGGCUAAAGAGCUCUUGAUGUGGGUCAGUCUUAAUGAAAUCUCCGUCGAUGACCCGCCGACUGGGAAGCUGACCUGCAAGGCCCUUGGGGGGAUCUUCCGGACCUUCCCAACAUCAGCUUUCGAGCUCGAGGAGGAGAAGAAGGUGGAAGCACAGGUGCCUCCCCUGAACCAAGCUUCAAAAGUGCUUUCUAACAAAUGAAGUGACUUGUGGUCAUCCUUCAAGGCUACUAUCAGUGCAAGUAGAAUAAGAGGAAGAUGAAGUCCAUGCUCAACUAUGAAGGGCAGAACAGAUUCAAGUGUUCCUAGCUCUUCAUUUAAUGUUGCUUCCCUUUGUUAAGCUGUGGUUAUUUGAGUGUUGGACACAGUGAUGCUUUUAGCUUGUCUUU